UUCCAAGCGUGGCGCGCCUCAACUCCCGCGCCGCUCGGCUUUCUCUCUCCUGCCACCACCUCACCGCCUCCUCUCCUCAGCCAUCCGUGCGAACAAACCACCACUGACCUCGCCAUUGCCCAUUCCCCUCCCCUUCCACCUGGCCGGCCACCCACCGGAGAUGGACAGCCGGAGCCAGGCGCCCUACAAGUGCAGCAGCUUCUCGCAGGCCACCACCCGCGACGACGGCGGCCGGACCCGGGAGGUCGACCGCAACUUCUCCCUCGGCGCCCUCCGCGACAAGAGGGACGUGCACCACGGCGGCACCAGGGAGCAGGCCAUCAAGGAGGAGGACGAGCAAGAGGACGGCGAAGGCACCGCCGGCCAUGGGGAAAACGGCGGCGACGGUGCGGGUUCCGCGGGUGGGGAACCGGAUCUUGCCGCGCUGUCGGCGGAGAUUGACGCGUUCAUCUCGGGGCAGGACGGGGACGCGCCGGUGACCGUCUCGGAGGCGACGCUGGAGAAGUUCGCUUCCGCCGUCGAGCUGGUUAUCGCGCGGUCGGAGGGCGCCGAGGACAAGUGGGCGGCGGAGGCCAGCGGCGAGCCGUCGCCGCUGCUCGCCCCGAUCACGCGCAUCGCGGCGCUCGCGUCCGCGCUCGGCAAGAGCCCGGAGGGCGGCGGCAGCAAGCACACCGCCGCCGUGCACCGGGUCACCGGCGUGCUCCACCGGGCCAUGGCGUUCCUCGAGGACGAGUUCCACGCGCUGCUCGAAGACCCGCGCGUCCCCAAGGCAGCGAACGAGCAGGGCGCCCACGAGCCCGACCGGUGCGUCCUCCGGCCGCCGCCGUCGGACGCCAGCGCCGGCCCCGGGAAGGAGGCCGCGCCCCCUUACCCACCGGAGACCGUUGAGCGGCUCCGGGCCAUGGCCGACGCCAUGAUCACCGCCGGGUACUCGACGGAGUGCAUGCAGAUGUUCCUGGUGGCGCGGCGGAACGCGUUCGACGCGGCGCUGCAGGGGCUCGGGUACGAGAAGUCCAACAUCGACGACGUUGUAAAGAUGACGUGGGAGGCGCUGGAGGCGGAGAUCGUGACGUGGACCAAGGCGUUCCGGCACGCCAUCAACGUCGGCCUCUCGACGGAGCACGACCUGUGCACCCGCGUGUUCGCCGGCCGGCACGCCGCCGCAGGGCGCGGCAUCUUCGCCGACCUGGCGCGCUGCGUGAUGCUGCACAUGCUGAGCUUCACGGAGGCCGUGGCCAUGACCAAGCGCGCCGCCGAGAAGCUAUCCAAGGUGCUGGACAUGUACGAGGCCGUCCGCGACGCGUCCCCGGUCGUCGAGGCCUUCCUCGCCGCCGACGAGCCCACCAACAACUCCGCCCUGACGGAGCUCAAGUCCGAGAUCGCCUCCGUGCGGUCCCGCCUGAGCGAGUCGGCCGCCGCCAUCUUCCGCGAGCUGCAGGGCUCGAUCCGCGCCGACGCCGGCAAGCAGCCGGUCCCGGGCGGCGCCGUGCACCCGCUGACCCGGUACGUGAUGAACUACCUCAAGUACGCGUGCGACUACAACAGCACGCUGGAGCAGGUGUUCCGGGACGGCGGCGGCGGCGGCGGCGACAACCCGUUCGCGUCGCAGCUGAUGGAGGUGAUGGAGCUGCUGCACGGCAACCUGGAGGCCAAGUCGCGGCUGUACAAGGACCCGUCGCUGAGCAACAUCUUCCUGAUGAACAACGGGCGGUACAUGCUGCAGAAGAUCCGAGGCUCGUCGGAGAUCAACGCCAUGCUUGGCGAGGCGUGGGCGCGGAAGCAGUCGACGAACCUGCGGCAGUACCACAAGAACUACCAGCGGGAGACGUGGAGCCGCGUACUGGGCCUGCUCCGCGACGACGGCGUGCUCACCGUCAAGGGCCACGUGCAGAAGCCGGUGCUCAAGGAGAGGUUCAAGCAGUUCAACGCCGCCAUGGACGAGAUCCAGCGGACGCAGGGGGCGUGGGUGGUCAGCGACGAGCAGCUGCAGUCGGAGCUGCGCGUCUCCAUCGCCGCCGUCGUCGUGCCGGCGUACCGCUCAUUCCUCGGACGCUUCUCGCAGCACUUCAGCGCCGGCAGGCAGACGGAGAAGUACGUCAAACUCAGCGCCGAGGACGUGGAGACCAUCAUCGACGAGCUCUUCGACGGCAACGCCACGUCCAUGGUCAGGAGGAGGACAUGACAAUAAUAAUCCUAUAGCUUUGGUUGACAGCAUCUAUCCAUGGCGCUCGCUCGUUCCAGCUAAUCAAUUCUCUCUCUAUUUUGAGCAAUGUAUUGUUUUUUUUUUGUUUGGUCUUCUUUUCUUUUCUUGGUUAAAAAUGUUAAUUUGAUCCAACAGGCGGUGAUGUACUACUAAGUAAUGUACUUAUUGCAUUUCAAAGGAGUCAGGGCAGCUAGAUUACUUCUGUAAUGUGUAUCCAUGUAUUAUUGCCUCAUGACAUUCAAAACUUGCUCUU